AUGGAGGCCGCGGGCUCGAAAACUCUGAACCGUUCAAUGCAGAACCUUUGGUCUACGCACAGACGCGGCAAAUUGAACUUGAACUCUCCUGAAGUAUCUGCUGCUUCGACACCACCAACGCCGGGCACGGAAGAGCCAACAACGACUGCAACAACACCAGUCCCAUCUUCUGCCGCGAUAUCAGCUCCAGUUUCGACCAUAGAACCAGCUCAAGAAGCCACCACGGUUGCGGUAAAUGGCAAGAGAAAGUUGCGAUCUACGCGAGCGGCCGAAGGAAGCAGUAAACGAUCGAAGACGACUGCAACCUCAGGCGGUUCAAUAGCGAAGGAUUAUUCACCACCAACGACGCGGUUAUCGGAUUUGGGAGGGGUCGAAGCCUGUGCGGAGAAAAUGCUGGAGCUUGUCGCGAUGCCUAUAUGUCAUCCCGAGAUUUACCUGCACACAGGCGUCCAGCCUCCUCGCGGUGUUCUUCUACAUGGGCCUCCUGGCUGUGGAAAAACGUUACUGGCUCAUGCAAUUGCCGGAGAACUUGGUGUCCCGUUCAUCAGCAUCUCAGCACCCUCUAUCGUCUCCGGAAUGUCCGGAGAAUCGGAGAAAACGCUUCGCGACACGUUUGAGGAAGCCAAGCGCAUUGCACCUUGCCUCUUAUUUAUCGAUGAAAUCGAUGCCAUUACACCUAAGCGCGAAAGUGCACAGAGGGAGAUGGAGAGACGUAUUGUCGCUCAGUUUCUCACCUGCAUGGACGAUAUGUCCUGGGAGAAAAACGAUAACAAACCUGUCAUUGUCAUAGGCGCCACAAAUAGACCCGACUCUCUUGAUGCGGCUUUGCGACGGGCAGGGAGGUUCGAUCAUGAAAUCAGUAUGGGUGUUCCAGAUGACGAAGCACGAUCCAAGAUUCUUCAAGUGCUAUGUGCGAAAUUGCGUUUGGAGGGCGAUUUCAACUUCACUGCUCUUGCCAAAGCUACUCCAGGAUACGUGGGUGCAGACCUCGCGGCUCUUACGGGUGCUGCUGGCAUCAUUGCCGUCAAGCGGAUCUUCAAGCAGCUUUCGGAAGGUACUCUCGUCCUACCCGAUCCAGACCCCGAGUUGGCGCCUUCAAAUGUUACCGAGGAUCAGGACAUCUCAAUGGCCGUUGACCGGCCUCCAGUCGACCUUCCUACUGUAAAAGCAACUUUGUUUGCUGGCCUGUCAUCUCUGCCUUCAGGAUCGAUAGCCCACUUCCUCAUUGCGCAUCCUGACCCGCUUACCGAAAGCCAACUCGCACCACUAUGCAUUACUGCCCCUGAUUUCAUGCUGGCGUUGAAGCAAGUACAGCCAUCGUCCAAGCGAGAAGGGUUCGCAACGGUUCCGGAUGUGACAUGGGCAGACAUCGGGGCACUGCAUGCAACGAGGGAGGAACUUCACAUGGCGGUCGUUCAACCAAUCAAACGGCCGGAGCUGUUCAGCGCUGUUGGCAUUGACGCGCCGUGCGGGGUGCUUUUGUGGGGUCCACCAGGAUGUGGAAAGACCCUUCUUGCGAAGGCUGUUGCCAAUGAGUCAAGGGCGAACUUCAUCAGUGUAAAAGGUCCAGAAUUACUCAAUAAGUACGUCGGCGAGAGCGAGAGAGCUGUACGCCAGGUGUUCUCUCGCGCGCGUGCCUCGGCACCAUGUAUCAUCUUCUUCGACGAGCUAGAUGCUCUUGUUCCUCGUCGAGAUGACAAUCUGUCCGAGUCCUCAGCCCGAGUCGUAAACACACUCCUCACCGAAUUAGAUGGACUGGAUGCUCGCAAAAGCGUCUACGUGAUCGCUGCCACUAAUCGGCCUGACAUGAUCGAUCCUGCCAUGGUUCGCCCAGGGCGUCUUGACAAGCUGCUCUACGUAGACCUACCGUCUGCUUCAGAACGCUCCGAGAUCCUACGCACUCUGAUACGCAAAGUCCCGCUCGGAUCCCUAGAUGGAAUGUCUCCCGAGCAGACUAAACAGGAGAUUGAACGCCUUGUUGGGGAAAAAUGCGAUGGAUACAGUGGCGCAGAUCUGGCUGCCUUGGUCAGAGAGGCUGGUGUCGUGGCGCUCAAGCGUACGCUGGGUGCACUAGACGAAAUGGACGAUGAGGCUGAAAGCCCCGCCGUCCUAGUCGGUGUCGCCGAUUUCCACAAGGCGCUGGACAAAGUUGGACCUAGUGUCAGCGCUGCGCAGAGGAGGAAAUAUGAGAACCUGCGAUCGAAGUUCUCGGGUCUGCCGGUUCGGUUAGUCAAAGACGAAGAGGAGAAGCGGGUAGAGGAGAAGGUUGCCUAA